AUGCGUCUCUUUGUCGGCAUUAAAACCAACUUUCAGCUCAAAAAGAAACAGGUUUCAUCCGAUGAAGUUGACUCUGGUCUCAACCAAGGGUGCACUUUCUUUGUGGAGGAAAAGGUGUACAAGGAUCACAUUCACACAUUCGGCACCAUUGUCAAAGAAGAAUCGAGCACAUGCAAUGACCACGAUGCAAUCAAACUCAUGAAUAUGAAGGGUGGUCAAGGCACUGCUAUGAGUGGCGUGAGGACAGUUGAGUGCAUGAGACAUGAUAUGAAGCAUUCGUGCUCCAUUGGUGAUUUGCAGAAGGGAGAAUGGUAUGUCAACAUGGACUACCUGUUCAUUAGCAGCAUGGACCAGAAUGCUCCAGUGGCCGUGAUUGCCUCAUACGACAUCACUUGUUAA